AUGGGUUGUGCUCAGGGUAAGCCUUCCACGAACUCACCACCCCGAGGCUUACGGAAGUUGAAGAUGGAAAACGGCUAUGUUGCAAGAGGAGGGAACGUUGGAUCUCGAAGAUCAACUGGUCAGAGGCUUUUGGGCAAGGAAAAGGGCCGGCCUUUUCUCCGGCCAGAGUUGAGAAACAACAGUGCUAGUUAUGGUAGUAGUGGUAGUGGUAGUGGUAGUGGUAGUGGUAGUGGUAGUGGUAAUGCGAAAGCCAAAGGUGGUCAGGAUGGCAAGUUAAUCACUGGAGAGGUGGAGAGAAAAAGUAGUGGAGGAGGUGGUGUAGGUGGAGGCGGUGGCAGCAGUGGCAGUGGGGGCAGUGUUUUUGGUAGGAUUACGUCAUCAUCGAAGCCUUCCAGUGAGGAUGAGAUGGUGGAUGGAUGGCCAAAAUGGCUCACCGAUAAUAUUCCUAGAGAUGUUCUGUCUGGUUUAGUUCCCAAGAGUGCAGAAUCUUAUGACAAGCUUGAUAAGGUAGGGCAAGGGACCUACAGCAAUGUAUAUAAAGCUCGAGAUAGGGGCACCGGAAAGAUUGUAGCCCUCAAGAAGGUUCGCUUUAACACAUCAGAACCCGAGAGUGUGAAAUUUAUGGCACGAGAGAUUAUGUUCUUGCGGAAACUAGAUCAUCCAAAUAUCAUAAAGCUUGAAGGAUUAGCCACAUCAAGAAUGCAGUAUAGUCUUUAUCUUGUUUUUGAUUACAUGCAGUCCGAUUUGUCAAGAAUCAUUGCCCGCCCUGGUCAGAGGCUUACUGAACCACAGGUGAAGUGUUAUAUGCAUCAACUGCUUUCUGGCCUUCAGCACUGCCACGAAAGGGGAAUUUUGCACCGGGACAUUAAAGGAUCCAACUUGUUGAUAGAUAAAAGUGGGAUGCUGAAGAUCGCAGAUUUUGGGCUGGCAAAUUAUUUUAACCCUGAGAAGAAGCGUCCUCUCACAAGCCGAGUGGUGACACUUUGGUACAGAGCCCCUGAGCUGCUGUUAGGUACCACGGAUUAUGGAGUUGGGAUUGAUCUUUGGAGUGCUGGAUGCCUACUGGCAGAGAUGUUUGCAGGGAGACCGGUUAUGCCUGGUAGGACUGAGGUUGAGCAAAUCCAUAGGAUUUUCAAGCUAUGUGGAACACCCUCAGAUGAUUACUGGAAGAAGCUGAAGGUGUCUACAACCCUAAAACCACCAAAUUCAUACAAACCUACUAUUCGUGGAGUAUUUCGAGACUUCCCUGCAUCUUCUUUGGGUCUUGUGAACACACUUCUUGCUCUAGAUCCUGCAUAUCGUGGCACUGCAGUGGCUGCCCUUCAAAAUAACUUCUUUCACACAAGCCCAUUGGCGUGCAACCUUUCAGGUUUACCAGUGAUUGACAAAGAGGAUGAUGAACUGACUCAAACCAAUGAGAGCAGAAAGCAUAGGAAUGGGAAAAUGAGACAAAGUUCUCGGACACAAAAAGAGCGGCGGAGAAAGGAUCUGACUACAGAAAAGCCAAAGGCAGGUUCGAAUUCUUCGAAAGAGGUACACAUCUCACCUUCAGUUAAUCAUACACAUAGUGUGAAUAAAUUUCUUUACGUUUUGACUAAAAAUUUAACAAAAGUCAUCGACCCCAUGAACACUCAGGCCUUGAAUGAUGAAAUCUACAGACUGGGUGUUGAGCUUUCUGAGUUUAGAAGCAACUACACUUACAACCACCUUCUUGAAGAAGUAGAAAGGCUCGGAGGUAUCAUUGAAGAUGGUCUCAAAUGUAAAGCCAAGUUGAGGUCAAGGAUCAAUGAGUUUAGUGACCAAAUAAUCUCCAGUAACCACAUAACCUUAUUACAGGAUUGUGAUCCUACUCCCUCUCCAGUGUACUUGAGGAUGAUCUUCCCUUCACUAGACCAGCGCAACUUCCAUCGGAGCAGCAACCGUUAUCCACCACAUCCAACCGCCACAAUUGUCACAUCAUCUAACCAGACAAUGCUGCUGAACCUUCUCAGUUUUAGGACUGAGGCCAUGUCAAACUUAAAAUUGGUGAUGGAAGCAAAUCUAAUUUCUGGUUUGACAACUGGUGUUACCCAGGUCCUCUACAUCUUAUUGUCACACCCCAGCAAAUCAUUGAAUCCGUAUAUGAUAGAGCCAGGGAAGAAUGCAGAGAUGACUAUCGAGAACAAAGAAGUGGGUAGCGGCACAACGGCAACCCGGCAAGAAGAGAGUUUAAUUUCUGUCUCUAAAGAUGUAUCAUCCCAUCCAAAGAUGUCCCCUAGAAGUGAAGCCCAUCCUAAUGCUACCAAGAACAUAAAAAACUUGCCUCCAUUACCCUAUGCCAAAACCAGCAACAUCAACUACAACGAUGAUGAUAACCCGAACAUGUACAGAUUGAACCAAGUCUCUAGGUCUGUGUCCACAAGGGAAUUCCGAAAACUUAAUCCAAGAAAGCACUUUGAACUACAUGAUUUGGAUGCUUAA